GGCUGCGGCCCUUUGCUGGCUGGCUGAGGCUUAGCCAGAGGAAGCGGUUUGUAUUGGCGGGGCUAAAACCUGGCGGUCGCUCGGGGCAUAGGGUGGGCUGCUAAAUGUCGACCGACUGGAUGGUAUCCCGGUGCUAACCGGCGAGCAGACGUCUGGCCAAGCCCGGUGGCCGCGGACGCCGUGCCGGGGCUUUGCGUUUAUGCUGGGCUCCUGUUCGGCCCCGUGUUUCCUGUCAUACUGGGGGUGUGGGACGGUACCCCCUCACGGCCCCCCGAAGCAGAGCUGGCGGCUUCAGCACCAGCCCCGGCGGUCUGUCCUCUUCCCGACAUCACGGGGGACGGAAGUAACAGGUCAUAGUAACUUUGUGUUUUUUGUGGAUAAGCUGAUAACUUAUUUAUACCUAGGAAGAAGGAGCUGGGGGCCAUGCCUUAUGUUACUGAAACUUCGUUUUCGUGUCGAAUUUUCCUUAGUAACUAGGAUGUCGGCUUAACAUAAAUAGGGGAGCAAGUCUCGGCAAUUUUUAUCUGAGUUAUUCCAUGCCCGUGGGUUUUUUUGCCGAGUUUAUUGUUGCUUCCCUGCGUGGCAGCGUGAUGGGGGCUCUCCUCCCGAAGCACAGCUGCUCGGCCUGUGGAGGCUGGCUGGCGGCGUCCCUCCUCUGGCUGCUGUCCAGAAAGGUGCGGGGUCGCUAAGGAACCGUAUUGCUUGUUUACUUACUUUGAGUUUUGUUACGUCAUUCACUGUCGGAUGGGUUCUUUAACACCUUAGGAGGACCAGGCUUGUUUUUUUGCGUGGUUUUGUUUGUCUGGUAACGUCCGUUUGAUGAUGAUCUCAUAAAAUCGAGACCAGAUAGGUAGUAGAAGUGGUGAUUAAUUCCUCGUGGCUAUCUGACCUUUAGGGUGGGAAACUGCGAGCAGUAUUUUGGCAGCAGGAAUCGUGUGGGUCACCAACGAUUUAUCUUUCGUGAUGUUUACUGGUUGCCACGGUGACGUGAGAAGGGCGUGCGCGUGGCAGGAAUGCCGGGGACACGCUCUUUGCCUUUCUGUAGAUGCUGACGUCUUUUUUAGGGCGGCGUGCACGAAGAGAUGCGCGCCUGCUGGGAUCACGAAGCUCGCAAGUUGUUUUAAGCGAGGUCAUAUGACCCGGCCGUUUUCCGGGUACAGGUUUCAGAUAAGUGUUUACAUGCAAGGCACUUUCAGGACAGAACUAACAUCUGCCUUGGCUGUGCUAUUCUAACCCCUCCUUCCUGCUCGGAGCCAUGGGGGCCUUCCUGGACAAGCCAAAGACGGAGAAGCAGAACUCUCACGGGGAGGGUAACAGCCUGCGCUACGGCCUGAGCAGCAUGCAGGGCUGGCGGGUGGAGAUGGAGGAUGCUCAUGCAGCCGUGCUGGGGCUGCCAAACAGCCUGGACGCCUGGUCCUUCUUCGGCGUCUUCGACGGGCACGCCGGCUCACGCACCGCCACCUACUGCUCUCAGCACCUGCUGGGCUCCAUCGUGGAUGACACCAGUUUCUGUGGCGAUGACCCCGUGGCGGUCAGGAGCGCAAUCCGCGCUGGCUUCCUGCGGGUGGACGAGGACAUGCGCGGCUGCCCGGACCGCAGCGGCUCCACAGCCGUGGCCCUCUUGGCGUCUCCGCGCCGCCUUUACUUCAUCAACUGCGGUGAUUCGCGGGCCGUGCUGUGCCGCGGGGGCAGGGUCCGGCUGGCCACACAUGACCACAAGCCGUCAGACCAGGAGGAGUGCGAGCGCAUCGUCAGGGCAGGCGGCUCCGUCAGCAUGCAGCGAGUCAACGGCUCGCUUGCCGUGUCCCGCGCCCUCGGCGACUUCGACUACAAGUGCGCCAAUGGCCGGGGCCCCACAGAGCAGCAGGUGUCGCCUGAGCCCGAGGUGUUGGAGAUCGAGCGCAGUGAGGAUGACGAGUUCGCCGUGCUGGCCUGCGAUGGCAUCUGGGACGUCAUGAGCAACCAGGAUGCAUGCGGCUUCAUCCGCUCGCGCCUGGAGCUGCAGGACAACCUGGAGGGGGUCUGCAACAGCCUGCUGGACACCUGCCUGCACAAGGGGAGCCGGGACAACAUGAGCGUGGUGCUGGUCUGCUUCCCCAACGGGCCCAAGGUGAGCGAGGCGGCUGUGCGGCGGGAGGCGGAGCUGGACCGCCACCUAGAGGCCCGUGUGGAAGAAAUCAUGCAGAUGGAGGAGAACGGCACCCCGAGCAUGGAGGAUGUGAUGCGUGCUCUGGCUUCAGAGGCCAUUCCCAACCUGCCACCAGGGGGCGGUAUCGCUAGCAAGCGCGGUACCAUUGAGGCGGUCUACACCCGGCUGAACCCCCAUGGCGAAGAUGUGGAUUCCCACGGCACCGAGGGACGUGGCACUGCCCCCACCAACCUGCUGGAGGUGCUGCGCCAGUUCCGCAUCAGUCACAGGGGCGAGUACCGGCAAGUCCUGGAGGGGGCAAUCUCCAGCUUCUGCCAGCCCUGCGAUAACCCUAAUCCUGACGAAGGUGACCCAGAAGGCGCCGCCCCUUUGCCGGAGACUGUGACUGGUGGGGAUAUGAGGGACUGUCCUGGAGAGACUCCUGCCCCACCCACUUAAUGAACUCUGACCUCUGAGACUCCGCCCAUGCCCAAUGCCCCCUGAGCCAACUGGUUACCAUCUUUGCGGUUUCUCUCAGGCCCUUCUUGCGAUGCCAAAAACUUUGUUUAUGGUUCUGGGAGAUCCACCCCUCCCCCCCAUGACGGAUUAGAACAGGAGGAGGGGUGUUCCUGCAUUAUACUGUUUGAUCUUUAGAGACUUCCGGGGGCUUUCCAGGAGCCUGGCCCCUGCGUUUCAAAUUUCAUUACACUUAUGACAUGCAUGGCUGUGUUUAGGCAGUCUGUGAACAACACCCCCCCCCCCCCCCCCACGUAACACAUUGUGCCUUGAUGCUUUGGAUCCUGUGACCUCUGGCCGACUGGCUCGUGCCCCAUCAGCCUGAGUGUGCAGGUGCAGAAAAUGGUGUUUGAGGGCGUCACAGACGUGUGUCCAGGGCUUGAGCAGCACUUAGCCAGACGUCUAAGCCUUUCAUUCUUUCUUUAGCGCAGAGGACUGGGGGAGCUUCUCUUCAGCGGGGUCUUAUAGUUGAACGUGCGGAUGAAUACUGUUGUGGGGAUAUCAUGCACGGCUCACCUGCAUUUCCUUAUCGCCGCUGGCUGUAAGGGAAGUGGCUGGGGCCUCAUCCGCGCAGCGGGGCCCAGUGUCCACCGAAAGCCUUUUGAUAAGUUUUAAAUCGAGCUGUUUCUGUUGUAUAUGUAUGCAGAUGAGUAAUAAAGUGUACAGAAGUGCU